GAAUUACCAACAGUGUCAGUGUCACGCAGCAAAUUCCAAUGCGGCAACGUGGCCGCCGCAGCCCGACAUGCUUUGGGCUCCGAAUCAACCUGACCAUGUUGCUAUCUAUGUGUGUGUUGUCUGUGAUUGUCUUCUACGUGUGGUGCAUAUCUCAAAUGGAAUGGGGCCACGACGCGCCAUCCUUGACCGGCGACCGCCGUGUCCGUGCGGUACAAGACGACGUCGCUCCGAGCACCUUGGCCGUGCUAGCAGAGGAGUCUCCGCCGUCGAAAGCCCAACGAUCCACCACUGGACAAGUAUCGACCAUCAACCACAUCUCCGCCACCACGGCCACUCGAUCUAACGUGCAUGUACCCACCAUCAAUCACGACACUACCACAUCGUUGACCACGACGAGAAAACCACCGCAGACGACAGUAACCACACGAUCUCCGACCACCGCCAAACCCACCACCACUUCUACUGUUGUCCCGACCACUUCCAAAGCGUCUACGACAACCACGACGACCACUGCACCAUCCGACGCCCAUCCCCCACUAGGUGUUAUCACGCUAACCUCGUUCGACGCGACCCAAUCGUUCUUAAAAUCACUGGAUCGCCCCAUGUUCCUUUUGUUUACAUGUGCGAAAUCCCCAGACACCCACGAACAUUGGUCCUCUACCUGCGCGGACGCCGAAGCCGCCGCCCUCACCGCCUACCACUCGCUCUCCCCUCGCCAUCGGCUGGCCAUCGUUCGAGUCGGAUCUUCGCAAGCCGAAGCGGACAACUCGCCCUUCCGCAGCGAUUUUGACAUAUUGCUACAUGACGUGCCAACGUUCAUGCGAUAUGAGCGCAACAACCAAGGGUACGCCAACACGAGCUUUGUGUUGGAAGGACAGUCCGUGGCCAACGCCGACUUGAUCGAGUAUGCCCUCACCGAAGGCACGUCUGUUACUAGUACUAGAAAAAACUCAGUGGAAACCAUCAGCGAUUACGCCGCGUAUCGGCGCAUGGCGAGGCUGUUUGAAGACUUAGUGCCGACGUACUUGCUGUUCAUGUCAGGGUCGUGGCCCCACAACAACCGCGUGUGGUGUGUCUACUGUCGACACCGCGAAGCCGUCGUGGAGUUUGCUUUCCACAAGUACGCAGCUCCAAACGCAAAGCUCAUCAAGGUCCAAGUCGCGCAGCUACCCGCCGACUGGAACAAGGAUAACCCGUACAAGAAGCUAGACAUCGCGUACGUUCCGUACAUGCUCGUGCCCCACGUAGACGCGUUUGAGAUGCUGUUUUACCAGCAUUACCGCGGAGAAUUGGACGACGUCGACAUGCUGCGGUCCAUGUUUGAACGGGACGCCAAGUUUGUAGCAGAGGGCACUGCAUUGCUCAACCCGGGCGUGAAUUCGGGAUAGACAACAACUCAACUUGGCCUCCGUGAGUUGGGAUAGUUUGUAAUAACGAGCAAAUGAUGCAGCG